AUGAUUCAGUUUUUGAAAAACCUUCAUCUGCACAAGAAGAAGGACAGUGCAAGUACUAAAGAGCCGAAGAGGGAGAAUAAAAUGAAAUAUGAGGAUUUCAACUUCAUUCGAACACUUGGCACAGGCUCCUUCGGAAGAGUGAUUCUGGCGAGGUACAAGAAUGAGGAUUUCCCCCCGGUGGCUAUCAAGAGAUUUGAGAAGAGUAAAAUAAUCAAACAGAAGCAAGUAGACCAUGUCUUUUCGGAGAGGAAGAUUCUGAACUACAUCAAGCACCCGUUCUGUGUUAACUUAUAUGGGUCCUUCAAGGACGAGUCGUACCUAUACCUUGUGUUGGAGUUCGUAAUUGGGGGAGAGUUUUUUACCUUUCUGCGAAGAAACAAGCGCUUUCCUAACGACGUGGGGUGUUUUUACGCGGCACAGAUCGUGUUGAUAUUUGAAUACCUCCAAAGUUUAAAUAUAGUCUACAGAGACCUGAAGCCAGAGAACCUACUGCUCGACAAGGAUGGGUUCAUAAAAAUGACCGACUUCGGAUUCGCAAAAGUCGUGGACACGCGAACGUACACCCUGUGCGGGACCCCGGAGUACAUUGCGCCGGAAAUUCUCCUGAACGUUGGCCAUGGCAAGGCGGCCGAUUGGUGGACCUUAGGAAUCUUCAUCUAUGAAAUGCUGGUUGGUUGCCCCCCUUUCUACGCAAACGAGCCCUUGUUGAUUUAUCAAAAAAUUCUUGAGGGCAUCAUAUACUUCCCGAAAUUUCUGGAUACAAACUGCAAGCACCUCAUGAAGAAACUAUUGUCUCAUGACUUAACGAAGAGAUAUGGAAAUCUAAAGAAGGGGGCUCAAAAUGUGAAGGAGCAUCCAUGGUUUGGGAAUAUCGACUGGGUUAGCUUGCUCCACAAGAAUGUAGAAGUACCUUAUAAGCCAAAGUACAAGAACGUUUUCGACACCUCAAACUUCGAGAGGGUACAGGAGGACUUGACUAUUGCAGAUAAAAUUACGAACGAGAACGAUCCCUUCUUUGAUUGGUAG